UUAAGAUUCAGGAGCGAGGGCCAGCAGAGCUUAGAAAGACAACCCUCACAAUCUGUAUCCACUCCUGGCUUCACUGACUGUAACAAACCACCCAGAAACUGAAUACCUCAAUAAAUAAAAAGGGAUCUCUUAAGAGGUGACAUGAACCUUGAAGAGUAUUUUGCAAGAACUGGCUAUAAAGGCUCCCUUGAAAAGCAAGAUUUGGAAACCUUAACUGAUAUAUUCCAGCACCACAUCCGCGCUGUUCCCUUCGAGAACCUCAGCAUCCACUGCGGCGAGAAAAUUACUUUGGAACUGGAGCAUGUUUACAACAAAAUCGUGCAGAGGAAGCGGGGGGGCUGGUGCAUGGAAAACAACCAGCUGCUGGGCUGGGUCCUGAAGAGCCUGGGGUACGACACCAGCUUCCUGGGUGCAUAUGUGUUCAACCCCCACCAAAACACAUAUGCCACCCUCAUGACCCAUCUCCUGGUAAAGGUAGUCAUUGAUGGCAAAGCCUACAUCGUUGAUGGAGGCUUUGGUGUGUCCUAUCAGAUGUGGCAGCCCAUGGAGCUUGUGUCGGGGAAAGACCAGCCCCAGGCUCCCGGCGUCUUCCGCUUCACGGAAAAAAACGCCAUCUGGUACCUUGAGAAAAUGAGACGGAAACAGUGUAUCCCCAACCAGAACUUCUCUAAUUCUGACCUCCUGGAGAAAAAAGAGUGUCGGAAGGUUUAUAUGUUCAGCCUUGAGCCACGGACAGUGGAAGAUUUCCGUUUCCAGUGCACGUACCUUCAGACCUCUCCAGAUUCCCUCUUUACAAAGAAGUCCAUCUGCUCCCUCCAGACCACCGACGGCUUCCGAGCACUAAUUGGGAGGACGUUCACUGAGACCACAUACAACUACAAGGAGAACAUGGAUCUGGUGGAGUUUGUAACUCUCGAAGAUGAAGAGGUGGAAAAAACCCUCAAAGAGAAAUUCAACAUUACCCUAGGUAGAAAACUUGUCCCAAUUAAUGUUAAAGGAUCUUACACAAUCUAGAUGAUCAGGAAAACCUACAACAAUGCUACGUAGGUACAGUACCUUCCACUGUGUGUGCAAUCCCUUCUGCAAGGUCAUGGGAUUCAUUUGCAGGUGACUGAAAGACAUAUACAUUAAUAUGGGAUUAAAGUGAAUUUCACUUUGGGAAAAAUUAGGAAUUUAAGACUCUUGAGUCAGUCAGAUAAAAUUAUUUGCUGUGAGAUGACUGCUGUUCAAUUUUUGGCACAAACGUAGGAUCUGAUUUGAAUCUGGUUAUAAGCUUGGGUAAGAAAUAUGUCUGGGGUAUAUUGGACUGCCUGUAGCACACAAAUAGGAGUAUGGAUUAUUGAUUGUGAUGUGCUGCCAACACAUUUUCUGUGGUUAUUAUAGGGAGACAAGUCAUCUGUGAGCAUUUACACAAUGAAGUACACAUUUAAAACUUCAUUUUUCAUAAGAUGUGACCACUCAUCACUCAUGUCAUUUCUCUACCUUUGUCGUCUUUGAAAGGAGCAUUGGGAGGCAUAAUUCUUUCGCUAUCAUCCUUAGACAAAAUGUAGUACAAAAUGAAAAUUAUCAUCAUGUGCAUCCUUUUGGCCAUUACUGCACUGCACUAAACUACCAAAAAGUAAUUUUUGGUAUGUACAGGUUUUUCUGGUGAUGAAAAUUCUAUAUAUUGCAGUGUUAUUGUGGCUGAUGGGCUCUAAGGAGAUAACUACAAGCUUUGCUUCUGAUAAGUAAUCAUCCUAUAAAUGGCGAUUAAAUGUCACAGCUGGCUUAGAUUUACUUUUGUCCCAAAAGGGGUGGAAAUGUUGUAUUUUUAGCAUUGCGUUUUAUUUGUAUAACAAAGGUAGAACAAUGAAGCUAAGCCCACUAUAUCCUUAAUUCUCUCCUCUCUGUGUAUAGCAAACAUGAGAGUCCAUGUAGUUGUCCUGCCUGGGAACUGCUUAGCACAGGAGCUUAAAUGUCACAAGGGAGUUUGCUCGUCUGUAUCAAAGAGAAAACAAAACCAGGAGCCAGCCAAAUCUAAAAGAAACUCUUUUUUUUUAAUUAUUUCACAAUCAUGUUUCCCCAUUUUUUAAAAAAUAUUGUUCCUCCUACCAUGCUUCUCUGCAUAAAGCCCAAGCAAGGAAACCACUAAGAAAGGGGAAACAUUCUUAAAUACAUAAAAAAAUAGCAGAAGUAGUGAAAAACACUCUUUCUCCCCAGUCUAUGAUAAGCCUGAGUAUUGGUCAAAUGUUGAUUCCUCCCACUGAUAGUGUAUUUUUGCUCAAAGGCAUCACCUGAUCGUUAAUCUCACAAAUGCUGUAAGUGUAUACCAGAAAAUAAAUAAAAGGAAAAUAAAACCAUUAAGAGUUGUUUUAAGUACAGCUGCCCCCAGCUGCAUGACUCCUGCACACACCAUCUGCUAAGUGGGGUCUGUUCACUCCUGAUACCGACCUGCAACCCUUCCCACCUCAAACUUCCUUCAAUCAUUAAGGCUGGAAAAGACCUUUAUGAUCAUCAAGUCCAACCCUCAAACCCAGCACCGGGUUCGCCAUUAAACCCUGAUCUCAAGUGCCACAUCCACCUGUUUUUUGAACUCUUCCAGUGAUGGUGACUCCACCACUUCCCUGGGCAGACUGUUCCAAUCCUUUAGGACUGUGGUGGCAGCUGAUGGCCUGGGUGCACUUGUCGUUGCCCAGAGAUGAGGAACUGAGAGCCAAGCAAGAGGUGACAGGGGACACAGAGAUCUUACUGAGGUGAGAACACAGCUUUUCUAUUAAUAAUGAAACUGUGGGAUUUGCUGGGUAAUUUGUAUUCAUAUUAUUCUCUUAUAUUAAGGUCCCAUUAAGGGGGUUUACCCUUUUCUAAAUGAUUGAUAAUUACGAGGUGUUCCCUGAGACCUCAGGGGACAUUACAAGCUUCGAAACACUCAUUCUAACCGAUGGAAAUUCCCAUCUGCACUCACCCAGGUAACCAAACCAUAUUUCUGGACGCAGUGAACUACAGCUGUUUUCUGGAGCUGCUCCCUCUUGAGGACAGUCAUUAACAGAGUGGUUAUUUUGCCUCCCAGCUUCUCUAGAGGUGUUCCUGCUGUUGCUCCCAGAUAAUUGCUUGGGUUGUGAUAAUACAAAGGUUUCUUGAGCAGAGGUCUGUGGACUCAUAUCAGCAUUUUUAACUGUGCCUCCAAUAACGGGAUUCAACUCCUUCUACUGUUCAGUUCAUAUUAAAAAUCUAUGGUGACUGAAGCUUCAACCCUCUCCUUGAAUCCAUCUGUUGAUAACCACUGUGAGUGGGAUUUCUCCUCUUGAUGUGACAAUUAUAACCAGGUCCUCACUGUGCAACAUCAACUCACACAAAUAAAUGCCAACAUAUACAGCUAAGAAACAGUUUCACAGUUUAACCAAAGCUCCCCAAAAGCUGAGGAAAGCAGGUUAUUGAGGUGUGAAUGCCAAACCAAAAGUGCCUCAAAGGUGUGAGAUGAGAAUGUCAUAAAACUAAAUAAAAACAAACAAACCCGGGGGCCUCAUGCUGGGGUUCCAUUAGCAAGGCAUUAUUGUACAAGCUGAUGUUAUCCCAUCCUGAAAAGAAACACCCAGGUCCUUAAAACAUCAGCUCUCACAGAAACUUGCAUUCACAUUCAGAAGGAACUGUGGGAUGUGUUACAUCCUUCACCACCACUUUGCUUUAUUAACACUCUCUGAGAAGGGUUUAAUAAGAGCCUAAACGAUUUUGCAGUUUUAGUUGUGGACUGUUGUUGAAAUGAAGCAAAACAAAUGCUUAGAAACAUCCCCCGUGCCCCCAGACUUGUCUAAUUCCAAAUACAAUUUAAAAGUAUGGUAUUCCAAUUAAGAGAAAGAUAAGACAAUUUCUUUUCUAAGUCUAAAUGCUGGAUUAAGUCCCAGAAUCCCAGCCCAGCUGCCCAUUACACACACACGCAAUGCCCAGUGGCAAUGACAGCCAUUGUAGCAUUGCAUAAUGGAGUGUUUGAUUAGAAAACAAGACACAGGACACAAGAAACACGGUUCAAACUCCAUGGCACCGCUGAACAUCCUGCCCCUCCCCAAAGAACCAAAGUUUAAUCAGCUCAUGCAUUACUAAAGGGAGGACACAGGAUGGCUCACUUCAGUUGGACUCUGGUCCUGGACUUUUUAAGAUCCAACACUAAGCAGAAUAAAAGCAAAAUGAGAAACAUCAGCAAGAAAGACAAAGUUUUACUGUUCAGUACUUCCAUGAUUCCAACCCCAGAAAUAAACACCGUGAGCCUGCCAAAGGACCAAACUUCACCUGACAAGGGACAGACCUAACACUGUGAGCACCAACGACACCCACACUUUGCUUUGUUCACCCCAACAGGUACCUCGGUGUCACAGGCACAAACACUUCUGGUGCCUGGUAACACCAGCUACAUUUUGCAGGGAGCCACUUUCCUUAAUAAAAAUGCUACUUACCCAACUUUUGUUCUCACUUUUCCUUUAGAAACGUGACCACGUGGGAAGGUUCUACAGCUUAGGAACUCGCACAUGAAAAUGCAUUUGAGUCUGUCAGAGCCAAGAAAGCUGGAAUUACUAUAGGUUCUCUUUAUGAAUAUUUCACUGCUACACUUACAUCUUUAUCAAGAGUACUUGAGCACAGAUUUUGUACAGCAGAAUGUUUCCACCUUGGGUAGGAAGCCAGAGCCAGACUUAUAUAAAUACGUAUAUAUACAUAUUUAUACAAUUGGAAAUGCAGACAGGUAUUUCAGAAGAGCCCAUUAUAAUACACCUGCUUGUAACUUUGGGCAUCUAAAGUACAUUUAAAGUCAUGUAGGGCUGAUUUUUGGUUUUGUCUUGCUCCCAAUAGUGCACUAUGGAUGGUGUUUUUAAAGGCACAUUUUACAAACUCCCCAUGAAUAAAAGAUUGUGCUAAAAAUGAGUAGCUGCUCUUACUGUAGCAUUUCAGUAGCUCACUGAGCCACCAGCUAAAUGUGAACAGCAAAGCACCCAGAUUUAAAGACAAUAAACUGAAAUCUACCAUUUCUUCACAGUUGGUGUUGAACAUUAUUUAGGAAACAGCAGAACUACCUCCCCCUCUCCUGACUCCAAAAUCAUGGAUUUUCUGGGAAGCUGUUUAGCGUUCACUCACGUGCUUAUUCAGGCACCAUGCCACUCACCUUUCCAGCUAUCCCUAGGGAAAUGACAUGAAAUUAAGGACCAACAGAUGGCAGAAUGCCCUUUAACUGCUCAAAAUUACCUCCCAUUGGACUGGACAGGACGCUGCAAUCCAGGAGAGCUCUUUGCACGGAGCCUUGGCAAAGGCAGACUUCACAUGGAAUUCAUCUGAGCCACUAUGGUUAUCAAAAUAAUCCAAAAACUCCUUUAUGUUGCACCACCAGGAACUUCCCCCGUGCACUGUCUCUCAGGACGUGCAAUUGCAGUGACAUCUCCUGGUUGUUGGUGGUUCACUAGAACAUCCUUUACCCCUCAACUAUCCAGCACAGCCAUGCAGAAAUUUGCUCUCCAUUCAAGAAAUGUGCUCUGAGAGAGAGAGGAAUCAUUUUCCUACUAAUAAGCAAGAAAGAAUAAUGGGAUAUAUUCCAAGUUUUUCUUGUGACGACCAACAAUAAAUCAUUUCUUAGCUCAGGUCACAUCUUGCAUGGGAAGAAAAAUGUCUUGCCAUCAUUAACUUCUUUUCAGCUAGCAAUAAUAUAUGAUCAGGUUUUAAGUAAUUGAACCAGUAGCAUUUAAUUAGCUCCGAAAAACUAUCUCAGAUCAUGAAUCACAGCCUUUCCACCUGCAUGAGGUCCCCUUACUAGGUUAAAAGUAUAUUUCUUUUGCCAUGUGUGAUCCAUCUUGAAUAUCUAAUGAGGUGCUCCUGAUAUAUAGAUUAUAGUUUAUAUAUCACAUGCAAAAUACAGCAGGACACAGUGUCUCCUUCCUUAAAUAAUUGAGUUUCACGUCUUGCUUCACUGAGCUGCUAAAAAAAGAAGAA